AAGCUGAUUAGCGCGGAAUCUGAAAUUUCGCAAUAUAUAAGACGAGAUCUACCAAAACAAAGUAAGCUCUGCCGGCGCACGUUAACCAAAAUGACACUCACCCCGCGUAUGUUAGCUCGCACCCAUGCUUCACACACCGCCUGCGUUUACGAUCUUUCUCUUUCUCUCCGCAACAACAUACCUUAUCCUACGCACCCUUUCGUUCCCUUCUUCCCUUUCUUCUCUCCCACUCCUUUUAGGGUUAAGUUCUGUUCUCUUUCCUCAAACCUCUUCUCUCGCUCUAUGCUCUCUCGGAUAAUUAGGGUUCUUCACUCAUCGAUACCUUCAAUUAGCGCAUGGAUAACACUAACAAAUCCAACACUUCCCUUUCCUACUCUACUCUCUUCAAUAUCGAGCCUUUGACGAACUUUCAACUUCCUCAACAAGAUGAUGAAUUUGAUUAUUACGGGAAUAGUAGUCAGGAUGAAGAAAGCAGAGAUAGUCGAGGUGGGGCAAUUUCAAAUCACACUAAUGGGAAUGUGCAUUCGAUGGAUGUGAAUUUGUUGAAGAAGAGGGUGAGGUCACAAAACAGUGACGACGAAGGCAAAGGAGGUUUCUACGGGACAUACAUGACAGAGGAGAGGUAUCGGUCAAUGCUGGGCGACCAUGUCCAGAAAUGCAAGAGGAGGUCUAAGGAAUCCUCUAGUCCUGCCCAAAAUUGUGCUGUUGUCCCGCAUAUGAAAAGUAAUAAUGAAUUUAAAACUCAAAAGUUAGCGAAUGAUCAUCAGGGAGGAUUGCAUGCUGCUGAUACUUUAUCCGGAUGGUUGUACAAUUCCAAUUCUCAAAAACAUGGAAACUAUCGCAAUGCAGAUUUUGUGCAGAGAAAUGUCACUGAUAGGGUUAUGUAUGAACCUUCUAUUUUAGAAAUUGGGGAUGGGGUCACAUACAAAAUUCCUCCAGUUUAUGAUAAGCUGGCUACAUCGUUGAACCUUCCAAGUUUCUCGGAUAUCCAUGUGGAUGAAUUUUACUUGAAAGGUACCUUGGAUUUGGGGUCGUUGGCUGCAAUGAUGGCUUCUGACAAAAGGUUAGGAAAUAAAAACCGAGCUGGCAUGGGGGAACCCCUAUCUCAAUACGAAUCUCUUCAGGCACGAAUAAAGGCCAUGUCAACUUCAAGUUCACCUCAAAAAUUCAGUCUGAAUGUGUCUGAUAUUGGUCUCAAUUCAUCCAUUCCGGAAGGGGCUGCUGGAAGCAUAAAGCGGUCUAUUUUGACUGAGGGAGGUGUGUUGCAGGUUUAUUAUGUAAAGGUUUUGGAAAAAGGUGACACUUACGAGAUCAUUGAGCGAAGCUUACCCAAGAAGCAAAAGGUAAAGAAAGAUCCUGCAUCAAUUGAGAAGGAGGAAAUGGAUAGAAUUGGAAAGAUAUGGGUAAACAUUGUAAGAAGAGACAUACCAAAGCAUCAUAGGAAUUUUACUGCUCUUCAUCGAAAGCAACUCAUUGAUGCUAAGAGGUGCUCAGAAUACUGUCAAAGAGAGGUUAGAAUGAAAAUUAGUAGAUCACUUAAAUGGAAUAGGGGUGCUAGCAUUCGCACCCGGAAACUAGCUAGAGACAUGUUGCUGUUCUGGAAACGAAUAGAUAAGGAGAUGGCCGAAGUGAGAAAAAGAGAGGAGAAAGAAGCUGCUGAAGCUUUGAGACGUGAACAGGAGCUCCGAGAAGCUAAGAGACAGCAGCAAAGGCUUAACUUUCUGAUACAACAAACUGAGCUCUACAGUCACUUUAUGCAGAAUAAGUCAGAUUUACUAUCUUCGGAAGCUUUACCUAUGGUAGAGGAAAAAACAAAUGAUCAAGAUGCACCGUUCGACUCAUCAGAUGCUGGGCCUAAUGAGGAAGAAGAUCCUGAAGAAGCUGAAUUGAAGAAAGAAGCUUUGAAGGCUGCUCAAGAAGCAGUGUCUAAGCAGAAAAAGUUGACUGAUGCUUUUGACAAUGAAUGUUUGAGGCUGCGACAGGUGGGUGAAGCAGAUUCACUUACGCAAGAAGUUGCAGGAGUGAGUAACAUUGAUUUGCAAACCCCAUCAACCAUGCCUGUAGCAUCCACAGUUCAAACACCUGAAUUAUUUAAAGGUUGUCUAAAAGAAUACCAGCUGAAAGGUCUCCAAUGGCUAGUUAAUUGUUAUGAGCAGGGUUUAAAUGGUAUACUUGCUGAUGAGAUGGGACUUGGAAAGACUAUACAAGCUAUGGUUUUUUUAGCCCACUUAGCUGAGGAGAAAAACAUAUGGGGGCCUUUUCUGGUUGUUGCACCCGCUUCUGUAUUGAACAAUUGGAAUGAGGAACUUGAGCGCUUCUGCCCUGGACUUAAACGGCUUCCGUAUUGGGGAGGGCUUUCAGAGCGGACAGUACUUAGGAAAAGUAUUAACCCAAAGGACCUUUAUCGUAGGGAAGCUAAAUUUCAUGUUCUCAUUACAAGCUAUCAGCUAUUAGUAGCUGACGAGAAGUAUUUUCGUCGCGUGAAAUGGCAGUACAUGGUUUUAGAUGAAGCUCAGGCAAUCAAAAGCGCAAACAGUAUAAGAUGGAAAACACUUCUCAGCUUUAACUGUCGGAAUCGUCUACUGCUGACUGGUACCCCUAUUCAGAAUAAUAUGGCAGAGUUGUGGGCUCUUCUGCACUUCAUUAUGCCGACUUUAUUUGACAGCCACGAGCAGUUUAAUGAGUGGUUCUCAAAAGGAAUUGAGAAUCAUGCAGAGCACGGGGGUACUUUGAAUGAGCACCAGCUUAAUAGACUGCAUUCAAUUCUAAAACCUUUCAUGCUACGGCGUGUCAAAAAAGAUGUAGUUUCUGAGUUGACACAAAAAACCGAGGUUAUGGUGCAUUGCAAAUUGAGCUCUCGACAGCAAGCUUUCUAUCAAGCAAUUAAGAACAAAAUAUCUCUUGCUGAACUGUUUGAUAGUAAUCGCGGACAGCUUAACGAGAAGAAGAUUCUGAAUUUGAUGAAUAUUGUUAUUCAAUUGAGGAAGGUUUGUAACCAUCCAGAGUUAUUUGAAAGGAGUGAAGGAAGCACAUACUUUUACUUUGGUGAGAUUCCAUAUUCCCUUCCACCUCCUCCAUUUGGCGAGUUGGAGGAUGUAUACUAUGCUGGAGGUCUCAACCCCAUAACAUUUCAGAUACCAAAGCUUGUGUAUCAGGAGAUUAUGCAAAGCUCUGAGACUCUCAGUUCAGCUGUUGGCCGUGGUGUCUGCAGAGAAACAUUUCAGAAACAUUUUAAUAUUUUUAAACCAGAAAAUAUCCAUCGAUCUAUUUUCUCUGAAAAAACAAAUGUUGAAAGUGGAAACUUUGGUUUUACCCAUUUGAUGGAUUUGUCUCCGCCAGAAGUGGCAUUUUUGGCCACUGGUUCUUUCAUGGAGCGGCUAUUAUUUUCUAUGAUGAGAUGGGAACAAGAAGUCUUUGACGAUGUUGGAGACUAUCUUGCAGAAUAUGUUGUAGAUGAUCCUGAAUGUAAUAUCCUUGAAAAAGGUAAGGUGAGAGCUGUUAUAAGAAUGUUAUUGCUGCCACCCAGAUCUGAGACCAGGUUUCUUAAAAAAAAAUUUGCAACUGGGCCCUCUCAUGCUCCUUUCGAGGGAUUGGUAGUCUCACAUCAGGAUAGGCUUUUAUCUAAUGCAAGGCUUCUUCACUCAGCAUACACAUACAUCCCACCAACAAGAGCUCCACCUAUUGGUGCUCAUUGCUCGGAUAGAAACUUCUCCUAUAAAAAGAUUGAAGAAUUACAUGAUCCUUGGCUUAAGAGGUUUUUUGUGGGAUUUGCACGUACAUCUGAAUGUAAUGGGCCUAGAAAGCCCAAUCACCAUCAUCCUCAUUAUUUAAUUCAAGAGAUCAAUUCUGAAUUACCUGUUUCACAGCCUGCAAUGCAGUUAACUCACAGUAUUUUUGGCUCCUCACCCCCUAUGCGGAAUUUUGACCCAGCAAAGUUGCUCACUGACUCUGGGAAACUUCAAACACUUGAUAUAUUACUGAAACGCUUACGGGCAGGAAAUCAUCGUAUUCUCUUGUUUGCCCAGAUGACUAAGAUGCUGAAUAUUUUGGAGGACUAUAUGAACUACAGAAAAUAUAAGUAUUUUAGACUUGAUGGAUCAUCUACAAUUCAGGAUCGCAGGGACAUGGUCAAAGACUUCCAACAAAGGAGUGAUAUUUUUGUGUUCUUACUGAGUACAAGAGCUGGUGGAUUGGGUAUCAACUUGACAGCAGCUGAUACGGUCAUAUUUUAUGAGAGUGAUUGGAAUCCAACAUUAGAUCUUCAGGCAAUGGAUAGAGCUCAUCGUUUGGGUCAGACAAGAGAUGUUACGGUUUAUCGACUUAUAUGUAAAGAGACAGUUGAGGAGAAGAUUCUUCUUAGAGCAAGUCAAAAAAGUACUGUACAGAACCUUGUCAUGACUGGUGGUUCUGUUGGUGGUGAUCUUUUAGCUCCUGAGGAUGUUGUAUCUUUACUUCUUGAUGAUGUCCAAUUGCAACAAAAGUUUAAGGAAAUCCCUCUCCAGGUGAAAGAUAAGCAAAAGAGAAAGCAAUCUAUGAAGGGUAUUCGGGUCAGCGAAGAUGGUGAUGCAUCUCUCGAAGAUUUCACAAACUCUGUAGCUCAAAGUGCUGCAGAUAAUGAUGCUUUCAUGGAGCCAGAGGGGUUAAAGUCCAAUAAUAAAAAGGGAUGUCAACGGAGCAGGCAAUGCUUGGAGGAUGAUUCCCCGCUCCCCGCCCCACCCUCCAAUUUAUUCCCCAUCCCUAUCCCCAAUUUCUGCAACGGGGGGAUAUUUCCCCCAUCCCCACGGAGAUUCACGAAGAUCGAAUUUUUAAAAAAAUUCUAUACUUUUUGAACAAAAUUAUGACACUAGUAUUUCGUUAUUACCAUAUAUUUGAAGAGUAAUUAUCAUAAACACAAUGAACAAAGAGAGCGGUUGUUGUGGUGAUGAUGAAGAGAACGGAGAAGAUGAUGAAUUAAGGAGACAAAGAUAAUUGAGAAAAGAAAAUGAGGAGACAGUGUGUAUAUAAUAUGGUAAUAAUACAUUAUACAAUAACACAUAAAAAUAAAAUGUUAGACUAAUGACUCUUCAUUUUCUAAUACAUUAAUAUUUUUUAUGUAAACUUUUAUUAUUAUAAUAUAAUAUACAAAAUAUAAAAGUUAAAUAAUAUGGUCGGAGUCGGGGAAUCCACGGGGGGGAGAUACUUUCCGAAUUCCCACCCCAAAGUGUCAUCGGAGGAACUUUUCUCUCCAUCCCCGUCCCCGCGGGAAAAAAAAAAACUCCAACUUCGAUGCUCCAAACAGAUAAUCCCCAUAGGGCUCUCCGUUAACAGAUGCAAAUUGACAUCCCUAUCUGUAUUGUUGCUUGCAGUAAGUAAGAUAAAUAUAAAUAUAAUUCUAUAAAAUAAAAGCUAACUAUUACUUUAAUAAAUCAAAAGAGACUGCUAAUGUAUUGGUGCCAUAGAACAUGUAAUAAAGAAGUAGUUUUGAAGAAUCUAAGUAAAAGUUAUGGUUUUAUGCCAAUUGUUUAUACCACUAGUAUUUAAACCUCCGCCAUGCACGGAAGAAAAUCACUUCUUGUACGUGAUUUUAGAUGUAUUACAUCAGUUUUGUGGAGUGAUUAACUAUCACUUUGAUCUAACGACUAAUUUCAACACUUCACUAUAGUAAUAACAAUAGUAAAGAAAUAUAUCAAUGAUGUUAUAGAAGAAAAUAUAAAUUCAGACUAGGACAUAUAAAAAAAUAAGCACUAAAUUCUUUCUUCCACUGCAGAAUUUCAGCUAACACAUGCCUGGCAUUUCCAAUAUCAAACAUUUUUGCUUUUCAGAAUUUGGUAAAACUUAGGAAUUGACAAAGUAUAUAAUUUGUGGUUUUUCUAAAACUAAUAUGGCAACCAAAUAUAGCAUUUUUCAUCAACACCUGCAUUUGUCCAAAGCAAUUACAUUGAUGAAUCCUGCUACCCCACACUAUAUUCCCACAUCCGGAAUGAAAAAAAAUAAAUCCAAAAACAAUUUAGUAGCCAAUAUUGGUGCAAUAGAACAAGCAUAACCAUGGUUGUUAAAAUCGGGAUCUCGAUAAAGAUCGUUAGGGUAUAGAAAAAGCGUAAAGCGUAGGAUCGUAACACGGAUCGUAAGAUCCCAAAAAUAGACAAAAUUAUAAAAAUAACUAGAAAAAAUUACUUUAAAAUAAAAUUCUCAUUCAUUUAAUCAUUAAUAGCAAAUAUUUUAUACAAAAAAACAUAAUAGAAGGUCAUUUAAAACAUUGCAAGUCCCAAAACCCUACAAUAUGUGUGCACAAUAGUCGGGGUUAAUUAUGGGUCAGUUUAUGGGCCGAUCCCAAUUGUUUAAUGGCCUGGUCGAAACAGGUCUAAAGCGGGUAAAAACAAAUAAUGGAUCGUUGGGAUCUCAAGAUCCCACGAUUUAAAGAUCUUUCUCUAGGAGUUCAAAGCUCCAGCCAAAUUAAAGAUCUUUGUGGCACUUAAAUCGGUGGCCGGUUGCUGGAGCGUAAGAUCGUAAGAUUUUGGGAGUUAGAGCUAGAUCCCAACAACCAUGAGCAUAACUAUUUUAGUAUGGUGUACCUUCUCUUUCAUGCUUAAGCUUUCUGAGUGGUACAUUUUAAUAAAUCAUACUUGCCUUUCUUCCAUGAAAUGCACACAUUUGGUUACAGAUUCUAGCUGGUAUAUUUGAUCAAUUGUGCAUCUGUUGUGCACCUAGAAAUCCAUGGAUCUGUAUUCAGGAAGAAACUUAAAUCAUAGUAACUGUAGUGUUUUAUUGAACUUUUAUGAUAGGUUUCUAUAAUUUUAAUUUUAGGCAUAAUAAUUAUUGCAAGGCCAACAAAGUUU